AUGCUCCUCCCACAGUACGACGACGACGUGAAAACGCCUGCGCCGCACGACGACGCGGAAAACGCACACGACGCUGGCGCGGGGCACGUGCACCGGCACGUGUGCGUGCAGUGCGCGGCGGCGGCGGCCAAUGAUGAAGAUAGCCCGCCGGGGUACGACGAGGGCCCGGGGGACGCGAAGGAGGGCGCUGGUGCUGUCGACCCAACGGCGCCACUGCCGCAAGCGAUGGGGCGGGGCCUGCGGUGGCUGCUCUUCAGCACGAUGGCGGUGCUGGGGCUCGCGGCGCUGCUCGCGCUGGUGGAAGCGGCGGUCCUCGCGCCCGAACAGACAUCGUUCUUCCUCGCCAUCGCCACGGUCGUCGUCGGGCCGCUCUCCGUCGGGCUCGUCGGGCUCACCUUCGUGCCGAACAUCCCGAUGAGCCGCCACCGCACGACCACGCUCGGCCUCCUCGCGCUCUGCUGGCUCGCGCUUGCGACGGGCCUCGCGUUCGGCAGCGCGGGCCAGUGCAACGGCGACCCCGUCUUCGACGACGCGACGUGCGCCGUGUUCGCGCUCCUCACCCUCACCGCGUGGGUCCCCGUUCUCCUCCUGGUCGCGGCGGCGGUGUGGGGCGCGCUGGCGCUGAUGCGGAGACGGAGGGCGGCCCGGGUGGUUAAAUAA